ACGUGUCCUCCCGCUCCCUCCCGAGGGGCCGCGCGCACGGGAAGCCGGAGAGGCGGAGGCGAUGGCGCUGUGACAGCCGGGCCGGAGCCCUCGGCGUCUCCACCGCGCCCCGGCGAGAUGGAGCCUACAGCCUACCCUCUCAAUCUGACCCUGAAGGAAGAGGAAGAGGAAGAAGAGAUUCAGAGCCGGGAACUGGAGGAUGGCCCCACAGAUAUGCAGAAAGUCCGGAUCUGCUCAGAGGGCGGCUGGGUGCCGGCCCUAUUUGAUGAGGUGGCCAUAUAUUUUUCCGAUGAGGAGUGGGAAGUGUUGACGGAGCAACAAAAGGCCCUGUACCGGGAAGUCAUGAGGAUGAAUUAUGAGACUGUCCUGUCCCUGGAAUUCCCAUUCCCUAAGCCAGACAUGAUCACUCGGUUGGAAGGGGAGGAGUCUCAGAAUUCGGAUGAGUGGCAGCUCCAAGGAGGAUCCUUAGCAGAAAAUGAGGACUCUGAUGUCAAGCCUCCAGACUGGGCGGGCCCGAUGAACAACCCCUUGCAGCAACCUCUGCCUCAGCAUUUUGACAGCUUUGGCUUCCGUCUGCCUCGGGACAUCACUGAGCUGCCUGACUGGGGUGAGGGGUACCCCUUCUACGUGGCCAUGGGCUUCCCUGGUUAUGACCUCUCGGCUGAAGACCUGGCUGGGAAGUUUCAGUUCAGCAGGGGCAUGCGCCGCAGCUAUGAUGCGGGGUUCAAGUUGAUGGUGGUAGAAUAUGCCGAGAGCACUAACAACUGCCAGGCUGCCAAGCAGUUUGGGGUGUUGGAAAAAAACGUGCGGGACUGGCGUAAAGUGAAGCCGCAGCUGCAGAAUGCCCAUGCCAUGCGGAGGGCCUUCCGAGGCCCCAAGAAUGGGCGGUUUGCUCUGGUGGACCAGCGUGUGGCCGAGUAUGUCAGAUACAUGCAGGCCAAAGGGGACCCGAUCACCAGGGAGGCCAUGCAGCUGAAAGCGCUCGAAAUUGCCCAGGAAAUGAACAUUCCAGAGAAAGGCUUCAAGGCAAGCUUGGGUUGGUGUCGGAGAAUGAUGCGAAGGUACGAUCUGUCCCUGCGGCAUAAAGUGCCUGUCCCCCAGCAACUACCUGAAGACUUGACAGAGAAACUGGUCACUUACCAGCGGAGUGUGCUGGCCCUGCGCAGGGCGCACGACUACCAGGUGGCCCAGAUGGGCAAUGCCGACGAGACCCCGAUUUGUUUGGAGGUGCCAUCAAGGGUGACUGUUGACAACCAGGGUGAAAAGCCCGUCUUGGUUAAGACACCGGGCAGGGAGAAACUGAAAAUCACAGCCAUGCUGGGGGUCUUGGCAGAUGGGAGGAAAUUACCUCCGUACAUCAUUUUGAGGGGCACGUACAUCCCCCCCGGGAAGUUCCCCAGUGGGAUGGAGAUCCGCUGCCACCGGUAUGGAUGGAUGACCGAGGACUUGAUGCAGGACUGGUUGGAGGUGGUGUGGAGGCGGAGGACUGGCGCGGUGCCCAAACAGCGAGGGAUGCUGAUCCUGAACGGGUUCCGGGGUCAUGCCACGGAUUCUGUGAAGAGCUCCAUGGAAAGCAUGAACACUGACAUGGUUAUCAUUCCUGGGGGCCUGACCUCGCAGCUCCAGGUGCUGGAUGUGGUGGUCUAUAAGCCGCUGAAUGACAGUGUGCGGGCCCAGUACUCCAACUGGCUGCUGGCCGGCAACCUGGCACUGAGCCCCACCGGGAACGCGAAGAAGCCGCCCCUCGGCCUCUUCCUGGAGUGGGUCAUGGUUGCGUGGAACAGCAUCUCCAGUGAGUCCAUUGUCCAGGGAUUCAAGAAGUGCCACAUCUCCAGCAACUUGGAAGACGAAGAUGAUGUCCUGUGGGAAAUUGAGAGCGAGUUGCCAGGAGGAGGCGAACCGCACAAAGAGUGUGACCCGGAAGCCAUGACGGAGAGCAACUGAGGCAAGUUGAGCUAAUGGAACUGUGUUGGAAACAGCUGGGGAGCAAAAUCCUCAAGACGGUUCCUGGAAGUGUGGACGCACAGGGACAGCAGGAGAAGCCAGGGGCUUAGAACAGCCCAUGUCCGGACACGUGGAUGUAUGUCUACAUUCCACCAUGGGACGCAGCCGUUGCACACCAUGUCCAUGAGGGUCAGAAAAGUCUGGGACGCUUGAUUUCAUCACAGACUUGAUUGGAAAAGAAAUGACUGCCCUACUUCUUGUUCUAGAGAUUACCUCAUGGGUCCAUCAGAAGAAACCUGUAAAUAUGAAUGAACAAAGAUGUUUUCUGGAGAAGAGACCAUUUGUCCAACAUCAACAAGAGAUUCAUCCUGUGGGCACAGCUCCACCAGUGUCCUUUCUGUGGAGAAAACCUCAAGUAAAUUUUUCUUCUGCCUUUAAAAAUGCUUCCAAGGAUAGAGCCUGUCCCCAUACAGGUCAAACUGAAGAGAAGGCUUUGUAGAAAUGUGUCACUUAUAUAUUCCUGCUACUUACACAUUUCCUCUUUUGGAAAAAUGAGACACUAAUGAUAACAAAAUUCAGACAUACUGGCCCCGUGCCAGCAGAUGGCUUUUCUAUAGACAAACUAGGUUAGUGUGGAAGGUAAGAGGUCAAAAUAAACUCUGCUGUUUUAUUUAUCUUCCCAAUCUGGUUGGCAGCUAGACUUUUUUAGGGUCUCAUUUAAUGACCUUAUUUUUCACUAUUCUAUUUAAUCAUUGGGCAGCAUUUAGUACACAAGCUCUUCUGUUUCUCAGGCUGCCUGCAGAAGGAGUCACCAUAAAUUAGCUGCUGCCUACAAUGGUGCAAGGCUCACUGACUCAUCUGCUAUAUGUUAAUUUCCUUAAUAUUUUUACCACAAGGGUGAGAGGGCUUGGGCCUUUAGCCACAGUUGUUUUGAGACUUCUAAUCUCCUCCUGCCCUGCAGGAAUAGGGGGGAGGUCUUUGAAUUUUUACACUAUAGUCAUUUGCAUUCCCACAUAAGUCAAGUGUUAUGAAAACAUUCCUCCAAAGCUGUCUGUGCUACAAAAACAAAAACAAAAAAAAAAAGCCAAGAGCUUUAUAGACCAAGCCAUUGCUAGAAAUGUCAUUCCAAUGUCACAUCUGGAUUACAGGCUACCAAAACCACCUUUCCUCCCUGUAAAUUCAGUUCAGAUUUAUAGUAUACAGUCCUAGACAUCUUGAAACACCUAUUUCUACUCAGGUACUCAUUUUCCUGUAAGUGAUUCACUUUUCUCAUCUUUCCAAACCAGUUUUCCUCCAAGGGGGUAAGCUUCACUUUUAAGUUCUAGUAUCUGAACUUAAAAUAUUUGAAUUGUUGCCCCAUUUUCUUUUUACCUGUGCUGUACUGUCAUCUCAAAUGGCAUCUAAACCCAACUAUUUUCCAUUUCCAACGCUUCCAUUCAUUCUUCUAUUUAUCCUUCACUGUUCUUUUCCUCUUUAAUUCCUGUUUCACUUGCUUUGGGACCUUAAGGGGUUUUAUAAGGCCUGAUUUUGGUUUCCUAUGUUGGAGCCAUUAACUGUCCUGCAAAGAGUAGAAAAUGGGUUCAACUCCUGUUUCUGUCCACCAACACCUCCUUGAGUCUCAUCAUCAGCUGAUAGAUGAUGCCUUACAGGUUGCAUAGCACUGGAACUUUCCUAGAGUAAUGGCUCUACUGUCAGGGUUUUUCUGGGCUCAUUUCUUCCACUGACUUAUGAUCUAUGCCUAGUGGAGCCCCAGUACAACUGUUUUGCAGAAAUGGCUAUUACCCUAGAAUUACUAUAGCACAUACUGAGACAUAGUUGUACUCCCCCUAGAUAGGAACUGACAAUAAACUUUGAUAAUAAAGACAAUAGGCUUUGGUGGUUUUAUUAUUCACUUGCUAGCUUUGUGAAGUCACAUUUCAAGUUCAUUGAUACUUGACUCUCCAUCUAGUUUGGUACCAAUGUAUUAAACACCCUUGAGUUUUAAAAAAAAAGUGUUCAUGGAGUCUGUAGUAUUGGUGUCUUAGAAGAUAAAGGGAAGAAAAAUGUGUAUGGUUUA